GAUAAGGACAAUGAGUGUUGGACUAUAAGAAGACAAGGGCAGUGUAGAGACAAUAUCAGUGGAUAGAGAAAUGACCAUGGAAUCGCAAGCAAAUGGUGUACACAGCUCUAAACAUGAUGAUGAUGGUCGCUUAAAACGAAGAGGAACAUGGUUAACUGCGACUUCACACAUAGUGACGGCUGUUAUUGGGUCUGGGGUCCUAUCACUGGCAUGGGCCGUUGCUCAGUUGGGCUGGAUUGCUGGGCCUGCCAUUCUGACAAUCUUUUCUGUCAUCACUGUCUUCACUUCUUCUCUGCUCAGCGAUUGUUAUAGGUACCCUGACUCUGUUCAUGGAACCAGAAACCAUAACUACAGGGAGAUGGUAAAAAAUAUUCUAGGAGGACGUAAAUACCUGUUUUGUGGAUUGGCCCAGUUCGCAAAUCUGAUUGGAACAGGCAUUGGAUACACCGUUACUGCAUCCAUUAGCAUGGUGGCUGUCAUAAGAUCGAAUUGCUUUCACAAGUAUGGGCACGAAGCGAAGUGUCAUACAUCAAAUUACCCAUAUAUGACCAUCUUUGCGGUCAUACAGAUUUUAUUAAGCCAAAUCCCUGAUUUCCAGGAACUCUCAGGCCUCUCUAUUAUUGCUGCCGUCAUGUCUUUUGGUUAUUCUUCCAUAGGCAUUGGUCUCUCCAUAGCCAAAAUUGCAGGAGGAAACGAUGCCAAGACAAGUCUAACGGGGCUCAUCGUUGGAGAAGACGUGACAAGCCAGGAGAAACUAUGGAACACUUUCCAAGCAAUUGGAAACAUUGCUUUUGCAUACGCCUUCAGUCAAGUACUUGUUGAGAUACAGGACACGUUAAAAUCAAGCCCACCAGAAAAUCAAGCCAUGAAAAAGGCAACCCUUGCUGGAUGCUCCAUCACCUCACUGUUUUAUAUGUUAUGUGGCCUAUUAGGCUAUGCAGCAUUCGGGAACAAGGCACCCGGAAACUUCUUAACAGGAUUUGGGUUUUAUGAACCAUAUUGGCUUGUUGACAUUGGUAAUGUCUUCGUAUUUGUUCAUUUAGUGGGCGCCUACCAGGUAUUCACACAACCAGUUUUCCAGCUUGUGGAAACUUGGGUUGCGAAGCGUUGGCCUGAAAGCAACUUCAUGGGAAAAGAAUAUCGUGUUGGCAAGUUCAGAUUCAAUGGAUUCAGGAUGAUAUGGAGGACAGUGUACGUGAUUUUCACAGCAGUGGUUGCUAUGAUACUUCCCUUCUUCAACAGCAUUGUGGGUUUGCUUGGAGCUAUUUCCUUCUUUCCUUUGACAGUGUAUUUUCCAACAGAGAUGUAUCUGGUGCAGGCUAAAGUUCCCAAGUUUUCUCUGGUCUGGAUUGGGGUCAAAAUUCUAAGUGGCUUCUGCUUGAUUGUCACUCUUGUUGCUGCAGCUGGAUCAAUCCAAGGAAUCAUCGCAGACCUUAAAAUCUAUGAGCCCUUCAAGUAAAUAUCCUUUGUGUAGUUUAGCUCUUUGGAUGAACAAUGGUUUGUGGCUAAGUUUGUGGUCAUUAUUGAUCAGUUGUUUGGAUAAACUUUCUUUCAAGUGUUUUCAUAAUAUAUACUUUUAUAAUGGAUCGAUAA